AUGAACGCGAUAGUGGAGGGUUUUGCUUUGCUUUUGGGUUUUUUGGCCUGGGUGAUGAUUGGGAUUGCCCUUCCAAAUCAAUACUGGAAAGAAUCUACAGUGGAGGGCAACGUUAUCACCACAUCAACAAUCUACGAGAACCUGUGGAUGUCCUGCGCAACCGAUUCGACGGGAGUUCACAACUGUCGGGAUUUUCCAUCAUUGCUUGCACUCGAUGGGUACAUUCAGGCCUCCCGAGCCCUGAUGAUUGCUGCCAUUGUUUUUGGUUCAUUUGCAAUUGUAGCUACUCUUGCUGGAAUGCAGUGCUCCAAAAUAGGAGGAGAAAACUACGUGCUAAAGGGGAGGAUCGCGACAAUCGGAGGAGUUUUCUUUUUAAUGCAAGGUUUAUGCACCAUGAUUGCUGUGUCUUGGUAUGCGGCCAACAUCACACAGCAGUUCUUUGAUCAGUUUUAUCCUGGGACAAAGUAUGAGAUUGGAGAGGGUUUGUACAUUGGCUGGGCUUCUGCCAUCCUCGCCAUCUGUGGAGGUUUGUGUCUAAUGUUCGCUUGGAAAAACAAAAUGUCACACAAUAAAAUACCAUACCCACAUCAGUCAACCUCCAGAAGGCACAUGAUCUCAACAGUGGGGACAUCUCAGUCCAACCUGAGCUACUAUGGGAGAAACGCUUAUGUCUGAGAAGUUCCUGAAGGCGGGAGUCUGUUCACUCUGCUAUAAAUAAUAAGAGUUUAAUUUUCUGAGUGAACAAUAAGAAAGAAGCCUUUAUCCUGGAGAUGCUUUGGAACAGUAACAUUAAUUUGAAACUGUGGAUUAAGCCAAUGAAGAAAUGUUAAAAUUUGGUGUAGUUCCAGAUCAAAGGACAGCAAUCAAGGUCAAAUUUCAACAAUCAAGAUUAAUGCUCAAUAAUCAGGAUCAAUAGGUCAAUGAUCACCAUCAAAUAUCAACAA